AUACACAACCAGCAGUUCUCCUAUUUUCCUUUUGACCAUUUCUUGCAUCAUUUCUUCUUCUUCCCUCUUCUUCAAACUUCCCUGCAAUUACUCUGUUUUCUAUCUUCUCCUUUACUUUAGUCAGAACGUGAAUAAGGGUGAAGUUACAAAGUGGAAAAGAAGAAGUUUGAUGGGUUAUAAUUCUAUCAAGACUUCAUUUUUCAGUCUUAUGGGAGUCUAUACAAGUUAUAUGCAAUGAGAAUUAUACAUUUUCUAUGGCUUUUCUUGAUACUCUUUUGGCAAAUCUUAUCAGGUAAUGAGAUUUUGUUGGUUUCCUCUCAAUGUCUUGAUGAUCAAAAAUCAUUGUUGCUGCAGUUGAAGGGCAGCCUACAAUAUGACUCUAGUUUGUCAAACAAAUUGGCACGUUGGAACAAGAACACAAGUGACUGUUGCAAAUGGGAUGGGGUGACGUGUGAUAGCUCUGGUCAUGUGAUUAACUUGGAAUUGGAUAAUGAGGCAAUUUCUGGUGGAAUUGAGAAUUCAAGUGCUCUUUUCAGUCUUCAGUAUCUUGAGAAGCUAAAUUUGGCUUACAACAGGUUCAAUGUUGGUAUACCAGUUGGUAUAGACAACUUAACGAGCUUGAAGUACCUGAAUUUAUCGAAUGCCGGUUUUGUUGGGCAAAUUCCUAUGAUGUUAUCAAGAUUAACAAGGCUAGUUACUCUUGAUCUCUCAACUCUUUUCCCUGGAAUUCAACCUCUAAAACUAGAGAAUCCCAAUUUGAAACAGUUCAUUGAGAAUUCAACAGAGCUUAGAGAGCUUUACCUUGAUGGUGUUGAUCUUUCAGCUCAGAAGAGUGAGUGGUGUCAAUCUUUGUCUUCAUAUUUGCCGAACUUGACAGUCUUGAGCUUGCGUACUUGUCGAAUUUCAGGCCCCAUUGAUGAAUCACUUUCCAAUCUUCAAUUUCUUUCUAUCAUCCAUCUUGACCAGAAUAAUCUCUCUACCACAGUUCCUGAAUAUUUUGCCAAUUUCACAAACUUGACUACAUUGACCAUCGGUUCUUGUAAUCUUCAGGGAGUAUUUCCUGAAAAGAUCUUUCAGGUAAAAGCUCUAGAGACUUUAGCCUUGUCAAAUAAUAAGUUGCUUAGUGGCAGAAUUCCAAAUUUUCCACUACAUGGAUCUUUGAGGACGAUAAUACUAAGCUACACCAACGUUUCUAGUUCAUUACCAGAAUCCAUUUCAAACCUUCAUAACUUGUCUAGGUUAGAGCUCUCCAAUUGCAGUUUCAGUGGAUCAAUACCUUCCACAAUAGCAAACCUUACCAAUCUUGUUUAUGUAGAUUUCUCCUCGAACAAUUUCACUGGUUCUAUCCCAUAUUUCCAACGGUCCAAGAAACUCACCUACUUAGACCUUUCUCGUAAUGGUCUAACUGGUCUCGUGUCUUCAGCUCAUUUUGAAGGACUCUCAGAGCUUGUCUACAUAAAUCUAGGGAACAACUUGCUCAACGGGAUCCUUCCUGCAUAUAUCUUUGAGCUCCCCUCCUUGCAGCAGCUUUUUCUUAACGGCAAUCAAUUUGUUGGCCAAGUCAAAGAAUUCCGCAAUGCAUCCUCCUCUCUGCUGGAUACUAUUGAUUUGAGCAACAACCAUCUGAAUGGAUCGAUUCCCAAGUCCAUAUUUGAAGUUAAGAGGCUUAAGGUUCUCUCACUUUUUUCAAACUUCUUUAGUGGGACAGUGCAACUUGACCUGAUUGGGAAGCUCAGUAACCUUACAAGACUAGAGCUUUCUUACAAUAACUUGACCAUUGAUACAAGUAGCAGCAAUUCAACCUCGUUUACUUUUCCCCAGUUGAGCUUAUUGAAACUAGCUUCUUGUCGGUUGCAAAAGUUUCCUGAUCUUCAAAAUCAGUCAAGGAUGAUCCACUUAGACCUUUCUGACAACCAAAUACGGGGGGCAAUACCAAAUUGGAUUUGGGGAAUUGGUGAUGGAGCUCUCACUCACCUGAAUCUUUCCUUUAAUCAGCUGGAGAACGUGGAACAGCCAUACAAUGUUUCCAGCAAUCUUGUAGUCUUUGACUUGCAUUCCAACCGUAUAAAAGGUGACCUACCAAUUCCACCUUCUUUUGCCAUCUUUGUGGACUACUCGAACAAUAAUUUCAGCAAUUCUAUCCCACGAGAUAUUGGUGAUUUUCUUGCUCUUGCUUCCUUUUUCUCAGUAGCAAAUAAUGAACUCACCGGAAGAAUUCCUGAAUCCAUAUGCAAGGCUAGCUACCUUCAAGUUCUUGAUUUGUCUUGCAAUGCUUUGAGGGGAAAAAUACCACCAUGCCUACUAGAAAAUAGUACAACUCUUGGAGUGCUGAAUCUAGGGAAUAAUAGACUCAAUGGUGUUAUACCAAAUUCAUUUCCAAUUCAUUGUGCUCUAAAAACUUUAGACCUCAGUAGGAAUAGCUUAGAAGGGAAGCUGCCGAAGUCGCUGGCCAACUGUGAGUUGCUGGAGGUCCUGAAUGUUGGAAAUAACAGACUUGUUGACGGUUUCCCGUGCAUGUUGAGUAAAUCAUACAGUCUGAGAGUCCUAGUCUUGCGCUCCAAUCUAUUCACUGGGAGUCUUGAGUGUUAUCCAACAGGAAAUAGCUGGCAAAAUCUCCAGAUCAUAGAUAUAGCUUCCAACAACUUCACUGGUAUGUUGAACGCAGAAUGCUUUUCAAAUUGGAGAGGAAUGAUGGUUGAAGAUGAUUACAUCGAGUCAGGACGCCACAUCCAGUUUCGGUUCCUCCAACUAAGUAACUUAUACUAUCAGGACACAGUGACAAUAACCAUCAAAGGGAUGGAGAUGGAGCUUGUGAAGAUUCUCAGGGUCUUCACAUCUAUUGAUUUCUCUUCAAAUAGAUUUCAAGGAGUGAUUCCAGAUACAGUUGGUGAUCUUAGCUCACUUUAUGUCCUGAACCUGUCACACAAUGCACUUGUGGGACCAAUUCCAAAAUCAAUUGGGAAGCUACAUAUGCUUGGAUCACUAGACCUGUCUCAGAACCAGCUGUCUGGUGAUAUCCCUGCAGAGCUUGCAAAUCUCACGUUCCUAUCAGUUCUGAACUUGUCAUUUAACAAAUUGUAUGGAAGAAUCCCAUCGAGUAAUCAAUUUCAAACAUUCUCAGCAAUUUCCUUUAAAGGAAACAGAGGCCUAUGCGGGUUCCCUCUCAACAACAGUUGCGAAAGCAAUGCUCCAGAUUUGACACCACCACCAACUUCUCAAGAUGACUCUUAUGAUUGGCAGUUCAUAUUCACGGGUGUGGGAUACGGAGUAGGUGCAGCAAUCUCCAUUGCACCUCUAUUGUUUUAUAAGCAAGGGAGAAAAUACUGCGACGAACACUUGGAGAGAAUGCUUAAACGGAUGUUUCCAAGAUUUGGGUUCACUUACACCAGAUAUGACCCUGGGAAGGUUGUGGCAGUGGAUCACUUUGAAGAUGAGACCCCAGAUGACACUGAAGAUGAGGACGAGUUCGAAGCUGAAGCAUCUCUUGGAAGGUAGCAUAGGAUAUUGAAUCAAAGCAAAUUCAAGUCUCUCUUCAAGACAUUUAUUAUCUUUAAAGUACAAUUGAUAAUUCAUCCUUAA